AUGGCUACAGGACGAAACAACAGCAACAACAACACCGCUGAAAAGUCUGCAGCCGCCGCCUUGACGAACGCACACCACUACGCACAACAACAGUUCAUCAUCAAAGGACAUCCAUAUCCGUCUCUCAGUGCUUGUGCAAAGGCCUUCUACAACCAGUUCUCUUUCAAGGACCAUGGAAGCGCCACUGACUCCUUUCGUGCAAGUCUGCGCGCCAUCCAAAAGAAACACGACUGGGCCGCUGAGCUUCUCAAAAACACCGACUCGGCAGAGUUCCGGAAAGAAGAAAAACUACUCCACCAGAGCGCUGAUCGACUCACACGGAAACGAAGUCAUACAAUAGCAGGAUUCGCCGACAAACAAUCGGACAGACUUGUGCGCGACACCUUGGUCACAAACACGACCAUCUUGCGAGAGGGUAACAGGAUCCUAGGAGACCUCACUAUCGGCAAGUUAUCCUCGAUUCAGACGCACGCGGAACAAAUGUCAUCUUCUUCGUCUUUGCGUCUCAAAACCCCCUCCAUCAGCUCUGAAUCCGAGGAAGACAAUCGCUCGUCAAUACCGUUUCCAAGAGCGCCGGCUGGCAAGGAUCAACCACCUGUAAUGAACCCAUCGUAUACUGGGGAGAGUCCACUCAAAGAUUUGGUCACUCUCAAGGAGGACCCAGCAGAAGAACAAACCAAGUUCAAAGAGACCGUGGGCGCGUUUGGAUGUCUCAACCAGCCAACAACAUGGAAGUCAGCAGACGGGACGAUCGACCUCCUCUCAACAUUCACUUCCUUCCUCGCCCGACGACCACGGGGCCCAUUUAUCGAACACGAAUACGUCGCAGAUCUCUCGGAGGGUGCAUCCUUCCUGAACUCGCUUUCGCGGGAAGAGUUUUCGGCCGCAUUGGAAUCUCAACCUGCGACACCGUUGUUGGUCACAAACUGGUCGACAGUGAUGGAGGUGUUUGAUAGGGUCCUCGCGCCCGAGUUUGGGUUUGAGGAGGCGUACCUUGCGGCCAGGAAAGAGUCGAUGUUGGACCCUGUUGCGGAGUUUGUUCAUUCCGUUCUCUACUCCUUUGGCACAUACUUACAAGUGGACAAGAGUAUCCCACACUCCCUCAACGAACGUGAAGCAUUCGCCGACAUAACCUGGCCAAUCAUCCGCGGAGCCCUACGGCUCGCUGGGAUCGCAUCCAGAUACCUAGAAGUCCCCAUCCAAGGUGUCGACGAACGCAAAAACGCCCACCGCAACCUCAUUAACGAAUCGAAAGCCCAUACCCAUUUCGCCGAUGGGGUUGGUUUACUUGAUGGAGGGCAGGCGUACCUUGCAGAGGCAUCUGUUCUUUUCAGUCCGGACCCACGGAAGAGACACAUUGACGAGUAUAAACUGAAGCGGGCUUUACGCGAUACACUCAUCUCACAGAUCAGGCGGAUCGCAGAAGAGUCUGUCCCGCCCUCGGGGACCUCUGUCUUUGGAUCGACAUCAUUCGCAGACAAGACAAAGUACUAUCGACUAGAUUUCUGUGGCGCGUUCAGACUGGUCCAGGUCGGGUCUAUGACGGUCCCGAUCACGGACUCGAACUUUGGAGGGCGGAUGCGGAGGUGCCUUACUUCGGCACUCGAGUUUGCGGCGCUUAUUAUGCAGGAGAAGAAGCAGCGUGAGGGGGCCCGGGACGCGACGAUGAAAGAGCGACAUGAGUUUGCGAGGGCUUGUACAAAGAUCGUCCGGACUACCACUAGCCCUGCAGCGAAGACCAAAAAGUCGCAGGAAUAA